CAAAAUUCCGGAGGUAUAAAAGUACCUUCAGGUCUUAGUAUUUUUAUUAAUAAUUUCUAAAGUUCCAAAACCAGGAGACUGACAACACGAUGGACUUCAAAAUCGGAAAUUAUUUCUUAUUCGUGAUUCUCACCUUUGUCGCGAUACAAUUAACAGCGGCAGUUGAUGAUGAAGCCCGAAUGCGAGGAAUUUGUGCCAAUGUUUUGAGGGAAAUGAGACCUGGAUUGCAAUGCCGCUGCCCACAUCCAGCAACAAUGAUGAAAGGAGAACGUGGACUUUCUGGACCUCCUGGUCCUAAAGGAUUUAAAGGAGAAUCUGGACUUAAUGGUCCUCCAGGAAUGAGAGGAGAAGCCGGAUAUCCUGGUCCUAUGGGACAAAAAGGAGAAACAGGAAAUGAUGGUCAUUAUGGACCUCCGGGUCAAAAGGGAGAAAGGGGAUACAAUCAUUAUCUAGGAGAUAAUGGUGAAAGAGGAGAAAUGGGUCCUCCUGGUCCUAAUGGAGAUAAGGGUGAAAAGGGAGAAUCACACCCAAUGUAAUCUCUAUCACCUAAAGAAAAUAAAUAUCUAAAGAAAAAUUUUUAAUACUCCAUAUUAAAAAGUUGGACGAAAGUGACUUUUUAAAAAAAAAUCCUAAUACUGUUUGAAAAUAUGAGAAUCUAACACAGGACUUUUAUAUAUAAUUCCAAAUUU